CUCGGGUGACGUAACGCGCGCCAGAGGAAAGAUGGCGGCGCUGGCGAAAGGCAUGUGGUGCUCCCUGGGACCAUUGCUGCGGGUGGUCCAGACUCGGGACCUCGACGCUCGGCGCUGGGUCCGGGCGCUGCGGCGUAGCCCGGUGAGAGUGUUGUCUCCCUCGGGACAGGUGGAGGAACGGAAGCGCGCUCCUAACAAGCAGCCCCGCAAGGCUGUCCCUAAGGCCAGUUCCCAGGAGCAGCGACAGAAACAGCCUCUUGAGACAGCCCCAUACCAGACCCCUCACACCUGGGAAGAGUCAGGGCUUCGCUACGAUAAGGCCUUUCCCGGGGACAGGAGGCUAAGCAGUGUGAUGACAAUAGUUAAGUCCAGGCCUUUUCGGGAAAAGCAAGGGAAGAUCCUACUGGAAGGUCGCAGACUGAUUGCAGAUGCUCUCAAGGCUGGAGCUGUGCCAAAAAUGUUCUUUUUUAGCCGCCUGGAAUACGUCAAGGAAUUGCCGGUGGAUAAGCUGAAAGGAGUCAGCCUCAUUAAGGUGAAAUUUGAGGAUAUCAAGGAUUGGUCGGACCUAGUAACGCCACAAGGAAUAAUGGGGAUUUUUGCCAAACCUGACUCUGUUAAGAUGACAUAUCCAGAAACUCAGCUUCACCAUUCACUGCCCCUUGUGUUGAUUUGUGACAAUCUCCGUGACCCUGGGAACCUGGGGACAAUCCUGAGAUCUGCAGCUGGAGCAGGCUGCAGUAAAGUCUUACUCACCAAAGGCUGUGUGGAUGCCUGGGAGCCUAAAGUGCUCCGGGCAGGCAUGGGAGCACAUUUCCAGGUGCCCAUUGUGAACAAUGUGGAAUGGGAAACAGUGCCCAAUUACUUGCCUCCUGACACCCGAGUCUAUGUGGCAGACAACUGUGGUCUCAAUGCCCAGGUUCAGAUGUCUCAUAAAACUAAUGACCGUGACUCGGCAUGUGAUCGCCGAUUCUUAAAGUUUCACAAGUAUGAAGAUGACCUAGACACUGAAACCAGAAAAGACUGGCUUCCCAAACUUGAGGUCCAGAAUUAUGAUUUGGACUGGACAGAAGCACCGGCAGCUGUGGUGAUAAGUGGGGAAACACAUGGAGUGAGCCUGGAAUCCCUGCAAUUGGCCGAGAGUACUGGUGGCAAGAGACUGCUGAUCCCAGUUGUACCUGGUGUGGACAGUCUGAAUUCAGCCAUGGCUGCGAGCAUCCUGCUCUUUGAAGGGAAAAGGCAGCUGAGGAUAAAGAUGGAAGACUUGAGCAGGGACAGGAGUUACCACUGAAGGAGGACAGGAAAUCCCCAGUGGGGGGGGAAGUGCCUCCAGCCCCUGCUCUUCUGGACCAAUGCUAGUAGGCUGGCUAAGGUGAUAACAUAGGAGCCAGGAGGUAGGCAUUGCUACCAUUGCGAGUUUCUAUUAGUUUCUGCUGUUCCUUAUUAAACAACAAAGGUCAAAA